AUGUACACACACAAUGCCGCGGACGCAUUCGAUAUGGUGAGACAAAGAUGCAAUUCAGACAAAAAGAGUGUAUGAUCGAUAAUUUUUUAGGGCUCUGCGGAGAGCUCGUUAUCUUCUCUCAAUGAGAUCCCCAUGGAGAUGGACCUGACAAGUGCCGGUCCUCCAAUUUCCGAUGACGAAACAGAAGUGGAAAUAAAGGAGAAGAAAUUAUUUGUGGUUUGUUGAUCUGAAAAUAUGAACUAGAACAAUAAUGUAAUUUAAGUAUGCAAAACGUAUACUUCCACACGUCGGUCUGGUAAUACUCUUAUUCCUAUACCUAAUAGCCGGAGCAUUUCUAUUUCGUUACCUCGAAGCACCGAAAGAACUAGAAGUGGGUGUGUUCCAUCAACAGAGAUCAGGUGCAAAUUUCAGACACGAAAUCUAGAGAUAACGACAAUACUUGGACUUCGAGACGAGUUUCAAGAUCACAUUUGGAACAUUACACAGGUAAUGGAAAAAUGUCAUAUCAAAACGGGGUAAAGUGUUUCGCUUUGUAGGACGUUGAUAAUCGGAUUUCACGAGAGGCCUUCAACGCAAUCAAUCAAGAGUACUUCGAGCAACUCGUCAAGAACAUGUUCACCGCCUAUCGGAACCAAUUCAUUACGGCCAAACACUUGCUAAAUAAGACUCGCGAAGACGAAGUUUUGUGGACUUUUCCGAAUUCCAUGUUUUUUGCCGCUACUGUCAUCACGACGAUUGGUGAGUGUUGCGGUUUUGCUGAUCGCUUUGCCCGCGUGAUUAUAUUUCCCAUCACUCGCGCCGGAAAACAGUGACGUGAAUGUUUUCUCAUUGAAACCGCAAAAUUGCGAAAUAAGACAAGAAUACAUUUCUUUAUGAGGAGCUCGACUGGAUGUUGAGACUCUAGAACCGGGGACGGGGUCCAAGCGGAGUAUACUUUUUUUUUAAUUUUUGAAUGGUUGUGUCAUUUUCAGGAUACGGAAACCUAGUUCCAAUUACUGUAGCCGGGAGAGUGGCCUGUAUUAUCUUUGCGCUUUUCGGCAUCCCACUUCUUCUCGUCACGAUUGCUGAUAUUGGAAAGUUUCUUUCUGAAUUCCUCAGUUACCUGUACAGGUCAUAUCGUGGCUUUAAAAGAAAGGUAUGUGCACGGGUCGGUUGAAUGUGCAACGGAAUACCCUCCCUUCCCACACGAGUUGAUGGUAUGAACACCGUUUUCAGUUGAUAGCAAGACGCAGAAGUAGUGUUGCGCACGCGGUAAGACCCCUCGACUAGUGCCAGAGAGAGAGCUCAUCCGCAUCCCUUUUCCCGAUACUUUUCAGCAUAUACAAACUAACGUUUCUCUGUUGACAACUGUGACGAAAAGAGCACAAACUGUCGUUCUUAUGCAUUUCUAACUCAUCUUUUCACGUUUCCGGAGAUUCCCUUCUAUUUUUCUCUUUGCAUAUAAGAGCAAGGAUGAUUUCGAAUGAGCGCACUCACUAAAACACAUAACAAAGAGCAUUCUAGAACAUACGAAAACAUGACUAAUCAACAAUGUGACAUCACGAAAAGUACGCAGUAGACACGCUUUUCUUUCAGCUCCGUAGACAAUCAAAGAAAAUUACUAGUCAGUAUCGAUCGCAAUCACAAUCAAGAUCGAGUUCGGUUAUGGGAUCUUCGAAAGCGGGAUCCAUGAAUCUCCACGACAUGGAUUCGGAAUCAGAAGACUCUGCUGGAGAUGAACUCAGAAUUCCUGUUUUCAUGGUGUUACUUGUGCUCUUGGCCUACACAGCAAUCGGAGGAUUUCUAUUCCAGGUUUUUAUGUUUUUGAGUGUUGUAAGAAAACGAAAAAUUUAGUCUUGGGAGCAUCUCGAGUACUUUGAAGCGUUUUACUUCUGUUUUAUCACUAUGGCGACUGUGGGCUUUGGAGAUAUUGUUCCCAAUGAACAAGUCUAUGUGUUCUUUACAAUGGCAUACAUUAUCUUUGGACUAUCACUGUAAGCACAAUCUGACUGAUAGAUUAACUAUGUUUUCGUAGCGCAACAAUGUGCAUUGAUUUGGCUGGAACUGAAUACAUUCGUAAGAUUCACUAUUUGGGUACAAAAAUGGAAGACGCGAAGGGUGCAGUGAUGACGUGAAGAGAUAUUUAAUUGUAUGGGGUAAUAUAUAGAAUAAUUUCAGAGGGUUACAAGCAGGAGAGCAUUUGUUGAAACAUACCGGAAUCGAAGUGAUCAAAACGGCAGGAGGAAAACUUGUACAAGGCACGAAGUCAUUCCACUCUCCAUACUCAAAAAUCAAUAUUUCAGUGAGAGGGGCUGUACUGAGUUCCAAAGAGGCGCGUGAACUGGGAAUGAGUUAUCUACUUCAAUUCAACUAUCAACAUAAGAAUGUACUUUAUGAACCAUUAACCGGAAAUCUUGCAAAAGUGGUCAAAGAAGCAAACAUCAAGGUACACUAUGUCUGCGUGUGAUUGCAAUGAACUAUUUCCAGAUUCUGCCUGAUGAUAUCACCGAGAAAGACGGUUACAUUGUACAGAAUAAAAGUUAUGAUCGUCCAGUUCUUGGAGAACGCGGGUAUGUCCGACUUAAUGGGAAUGCGAUAAAGAGGAUUAUGAUACCGUCAAGGAAUCAAGCAAUUUGUGUUCCAUACCUCAUACAGAAAGAAUCAGAUGUCUAA